UCUAUUUUGGGAUAUCUCUGAUGUCAUAGAGUCGACUGCACAUGCGCACUAGCUUAUUUCCGCCCAGCUGUUAUUGUAAGCAAUGCGUGUUCUCUUCGCCUCAAAGAAGAUUCUUUUCCUGGUUAUUUCACGUGUGACAUUGAGGAAUCAUCAGCAGUAACUAAUCGUCAUGGGGCAGCUCCCAUACGGAAAACUAGACGGAGGGCAGCUCUCCAACAUAGCAUUGUUGGUCGUAGUACAAGACGACGGACGCAGGUCCCGGUCCCUACACCGGCUUUAACCAGUGAUGUGGUAGAAACAACACCCACUAUACAAGUUUUCAACAACCACCCUUCAGCAACUAGUAUACCUGGGCCAUCAUUCAGAAAUGACGCUACCUCCACUACGCCGGGGUCGAUUAACCAUGCCUUCCCCUCAAGUUCCACUCAACCACCUAUGGCAGCUAACCCCAACACAGUCUUACCGUCCACGCAGGAAAUAGUGAAAGAAUUAUUCAAUUUAAUGAAGGCUGAAGGAUAUAUGGUGCAGGCUCCGGUUGUGCCCACUUUGCCUACAACUACAACAGGGGCACCAUCUGGACUUGGUCAUAAUUCAUCACUCGGUAUACAGUCCCUUGACAUUCAGCGACCGGGACCAGCAGCAGCGACAGGGUCACCAGCUAAUUCAGCAACUGAUAUUAUCCCCCCUCAUACAAGUGGACAUUUCCUGCCUUUGCGUUCUAUGGAUCCUCUGACCAUGCCUGCUACAACACCAACAAUGAACAUUAAUAACCCAUUAUCACAGGUGUUGUCAAAUUUUACGGGUGAGAAUGGUUUUGAGACUUGCCACAGCAUUUCCCGACCUCUGGACAUGCAUAUUGAUACUAAAUUAAAAGCCAAAAUUUUGGCUGGGGAGUACAUUGAUUUUGGCCUGUUGCUCCAAAAAUCUUCUGAUUCGGACCACUUCAAAAUUCAGUUCCACAACAAUGAAUUAGCAUUAGUUCCCAAACAAAAAUCAUCACAGAUUAAAUCCGUGGAACAAUGGCUAUCAGCCUUUCAUAUAUUCGUUUCAAUUUAUGUCCAAUCCCACCCCCAGGCUAUUUCAGCUCUCAUGAAAUAUGCUGACACUGUACAAACUUUGUCUAGAAGGUCGGGAAUUGCUGCGGCUUUGAAUUACGAUUGUAACUUCCGUCGGUGGCAUCAACUUUUCCCUCAAACUUCAUGGGGAAAUGUUCACUCCGAAUUUUAUUUGGAGGCUACAGCAAUUGGGUUGAGAAGUACCUCCCGCCCAAACUCUUUUCAACAGCCCUUUCAGCAGCCCUUUCAUUCCAAAUCAACAAGUUGGCCAAAAGGUGUUUGUUGGCCAUUCAACAAGUCUGGAUCUUGUCGAAAGGGACCACGCUGCAAAUUCCCACAUGUCUGCUCCAACUGUGGAGGGGGGCAUUCCUUUCGGCAAUGCAAAUUGCAAUCCUCCUCCACUCUUCCCCAGGAUAACCCCUCAGGCGGUGGAAACAAUGGCCAACUCUCAGCCACUAAUCCACAACGCCAACAACGUAAACCUCCUCAAAAAAUCUAAACUCCCUACUCCUAUUAAGGUCCAAGUGUUUCUUACACAUUUAGCGGGCUACCCUCAGGAUAAAUUUCAAUUUUUGAAGAUGGGUUUUACUGAAGGUUUUUCUUUGCAGUAUUAUGGUUCUAGGCGAUUUCGAACGUCCAAAAAUCUCAAAUCUGCUCUGGAUAACGUUUCGGUUUUGAAACAAAAAAUUGAAAAAGAAAUUAGUUUAGGUCGCAUACAAGGUCCAUUUCAGACACCUCCUUUUCCAAAUCUUCAGGUAUCCCCGUUGGGCCUUGUACCAAAGAAAGAACUCAAUGAGUUUCGUGUCAUUCAUCAUCUAUCAUACCCUCAGGGUACAUCUAUCAAUGAUGGCAUAAACCCUGAAGAUGCCACUGUGGCAUAUCAGACAAUUGAUGAUGCUGUGCGCCUUGUCAAACAUUUUGGGAGAGGUUCACUCAUGGCCAAAACUGACAUUGAGUCAGCUUUUCGACUUAUUCCCAUUCAUCCUACUGACUAUGAGUUGUUGGGUUUCCAGAUAGAUGACAAGUUUUAUUUUGAUAAAGUCUUACCUAUGGGAUGCUCUAUCUCUUGCCGUCUGUUUGAGGCAUUUAGCUCUGCUAUUCAUUGGAUCAUGGAGACAAAAUAUCAGGUAGCGGGGGUUGUUCAUAUUUUGGAUGAUUUCCUUUUUGUAGCCCCACCUGGUAGUUCCAAAUGUAUGGAAGACUUGGCAAACUUUUUAACUUUUUGUCAACAUACCCAAAUCCCUAUAAAACAAAGCAAAACUGUUAACCCUUGCACACAGUUAACUUUUUUAGGCAUAGAGUUGGAUAGUUCUAAAAUGGAGGCCAGACUUCCUAUGGACAAAAUCAUCAAAAUGCGGCAGUUGUUAGAUCAGUUUUCUCGGCGCAGGAAAGUCACGCUACGGGAAUUACAGUCUUUAAUUGGUUUGUUAAAUUUUGCCUGUAAAGUUAUCUCUCCAGGUCGAACUUUUUUGCGUCGUUUGAUCAACUUGACAUGUGGCCUUCAAAAACCUCAUCACCAUGUACGUUUAAGUCGGGAGGCUAGGGCUGACAUUGCUGCUUGGAAAGUUUUCAUAGACUCCUUUAAUGGGGUUUCCAUGUUCCUUGAUGAUCGCUGGGUAACUACACCACAGCUUCAGUUCUUCACUGAUGCCAGCAAUCGGGGUUUUGGGGCUAUUUUCAACACUUCAUGGUUGUUUGGGACCUGGCCAGCAUCUUUUACCUCCUACCAUAUUACAGUUAAGGAGUUCUUUGCAAUUGUCUUGGCAAU